GGUGUCUGUGCAGCUCAUUCUGUGUGACUUGACGCUCCUCUCCUGUGUGUAGUCUCGCAUUGAGGUUGAAGCUCCAUAUAAGCGUUUCCAUAAUGCGGGCGUGAAGUGCUCCAUGUAGUAAACGGAGGGGGAUUCAGGAGGAGGACAGCGGAGGGUCACCGGCUUUACACCGAGCCUGUCUGUCAGGCAACGGGAGGGAAGAAAAUGUCGAACCGAAAACACCGGGACAACCAGGAGAUCUGCGCCCGCAAGGUCCGCGAGCUGGCCCAGUCUGGAGUAAACAAACACUGCUUCGAGUGCAACCAACCCGGGGUGACUUACACCGACAUCACAGUGGGCAGCUUCGUCUGCACGUCGUGCUCCGGAAUGCUGAGAGGCCUCAACCCUCCCCAUAGAGUCAAGUCUAUCUCCAUGACAACCUUCUCCCAACAGGAAGUAGAAUUCCUCCAAAACCAUGGCAACGAGGUCGGGAGGAGGACUUGGCUGUGUGUGUUUGACCCAAAGACGGACGGCUGCUCAGACAUGAAGGACUCCCAGAAGUUUAAAGAGUUCCUCCAGGACAAAUAUGAGAAGAAAAAGUGGCAUUUUUCCAAAAGUAAGAACCGGAGGGAUGUUGAGGGUCCUUGGAGCCCAGGGAUCCAGGCCGUGCCCCCUUCCCAUGGUCCUUUAGCGAGCCAGGCCCCCUCGCAUAACCUGCCCCCUAAUGCCAGGUCCACAAGGCCACUGUCCCAGUCCCAGCUGCCGUCAUGGGAUCGAGCUCCUGCGAUCUCGCCUGCCGACAUGCGGACGGACGUGUUCACCGCUCGGCCAUCACGCUCCCAAAGCUUCAGAGACCCCCCUCUGAAAGAUCCCACCCACUGUGGGAUAGAACGACAGCGGCCAGGCUCCCUGUCGUCAGCGCUGGGGGCUCAGAGCCACGCCCCCUCCUUCCCCGCCCUCCCGCGGCCCUCAGCCAGUAGCUCUUUCAAAAAUCACUUCACUUUAGGUCGUACAAUAUCAGCCUCAGGGACCACGGGGCCCUUCAGGGCCUUCCCUAAAUCUCUCAGCGUCGACUUUGGAGGUCUUAGCCAUCCUCAGCAGCAGCAUCUGCCCCAGUCUCUGUCCCAGCAGCAUCAGCAGCCUGGAAGCGUCGGCCAGACGACACCGCCAGUCGGCAGCUGCAACGCCCAGGACAGAUAUGCUGCGGUGUUACAGCUGGACAGUGUCUUCUCUGACACAUCAACGGCCACAGCGCCACCUGCCGGUCCUCCGCAGUACAGCACCAUCUUCAGCAGCAGGGUCUCGUCCAGCUCUACUCCUGCCAGUUCCCCCGGUGUCGAUACAGUCUCGAGCUCCCAAACCUUUGCAAAUUUCCCCAACCCAUUUAGCUCCAGCUCCGCUUCCCAGCAGUCCGUUGCCCUCUCCCCCAGUAACCCCUUCAGCAACGCAGGAGGUGACUCCAGUGCGUUUGUCACCUCGCCGACCUCAGUUUUUCCUCCGUCCGCCUCUUUCCCAGCACCCACCACCCAGAAUGCAUUUCCUCAUGAGUCAGCCAGCAACCAGGAAGCCAAUGGUUUUGCCUCCUUCCCUGUGCCCGACUCUCAGCCCAAAGUCCCUCGGCCGAUGUCGGUGAACCCGUUUACGGGGAAUGUUUACCCCAGUCGAGGGACGUCGCGUAAUCCUUUCAUCUGAUCCCCCCUCCUCUCUCCUUACCUAACAUCUCUGGGAACUGAGGGAGAACUUGAGGAGUCGCUGCCAUUUCAAUGCCUUUGGAGUAUUAUCACCCUCUAAAGGGAGGGUCUGACCCCUCCCUCCUCCUCUCUCCUGUCUCUGUCUGUGUUUACGUGUUUGUGGAGGAGACAAAAAAAAAAAUGUGUGAAUGUAAUUAUGAAAUUCAUGUAUGUGUGUAUGAGAGCGUUCCCCCUGCUGUCAAUAUGUCAAAAAGGUGUUUGUGUGCCAGUAGACGCCACCUCAGGGCUCUGCGGGAGUCACGAGUAAAUGACGCCUCUAUGAUUUUACACACACACACACACACACACGGUCGCUGCUGCUGCUGCUACUUUGCUUUCAUCUCCUGCUUAAAAGUGCAAAAAAAAACCCCAGCCCGUCGGUAAAUACGUGAGCAUUGUCUUCUUCUUUAAAAAGUCUCAGUUGUCCAAAGGACUCUGCAUCACGAGUUCCUACAGAUGGUUAUAACAGCCUUAACAGCCUCCUGAUGCAUGUGAUACGACAGGCUUUUCUCUGUAGAGGGUGUGUGGAACACGUUUGCAUUCGUCACAGUUUGUUUGGGGGUUUUUUUGUCAGGUUUCCUUUGUAGGAUAAUCUUAUGUUUUUUCCCACUCCUAGGCUGCAUGCGCUUAGAGGGCUAAAAGGAGAUGCUAUUGAAUGUAAAAGCAAUUUCAGAAUAACUUAACGGAAACGUGUAUAAAAACAUCAUCGCUUCAUGUACCGGACCAAAAUGUUUCUCGCUCGUUUUUGUUUUGUUUUGAUUUUUUAAUUUUUUUUAUUAUUAUUUCAGUUGACAUGGAGUCGAAGUUUAUUUCCCUUAUUUUGCCAAAAAGAGAGAGAAAAAAAAGAGAUUCAUGUAACAUCUUUGUAAUGUCAAGUAUUCGUGUUCAUAAAAUUAGUUUGUUGCUUCUUAAGACAGUUUGGCUCUGGGUGUUCAUUUAUAUGUAAAUGUGUUAAACUAAUGUGAUAAAUGAAUCUCUCAUGAACAAAAAUACAGAGAUCAUGUUCUUGGUUAUUGA